AUGGCAGUUAACGUGAAGAGUAGAGAUUCUGUAUGUACGUGUGUUAAUGUUGUUGGCUAUGCUUACCUGAUUGCAGAUGUGUUCAAGAGGUUCUUCCUCCAAUUUUGGAUUCUUUUUCUGAACCACCACCUCUCUUUGACGGUACCACCAGCUCUGGAACAUGAGAACAAAAUCAUUGGAGAAAGUUUAGAUUUGAUCAAAUAUGUAGACAGUCACUUUGAAGGACAUGCGCUAUUACCAGAUGACCCCGCCAAAAAAGAGUUUGCUGAAGAGCUGAUAUCCUACUCUGAUACAUUUGUCAAAGGAGUGUUUACUUCAUUUAAAGGAGACGCAGUGAAAGAAGCUGGUGCUGCUUUUGAUUACUUGGAAACAGCUCUUCAUAAAUUUGAUGAUGGGCCUUUCUUCCUCGGCCAAAAAUUCAGUCUGGUGGACAUUGUCUAUGCUCCUUUCCUUGAAAGGCAUCAAAUCUUCUUCCAAGAUGUUUGGAGCUAUGAUAUCAGGUCAGGCAGGCCUAAAAUUGCGGCAUUCAUGGAGGAGAUGAUCAAGAUUGGUGCUUACACGCAGACAAAAUGUGAUCCCAAACUGCUUGUUGAAACCUACAAGCGUAUGUUUUUGGCUCAGAGGUAA